UUCCGACUUUGGAGGAAAUUUCUUCGGAUGGGUCGCUUUCUACGGAGGAAAUCUACCAACCACCGCUCAAUGCCAGUGGCAAGAAUGCGCCAAAGAAUUCUUCAAAUUUCUCUCUCCACCGUAGCUCCGAAGUAUUUUCCAGCUCAGAGAGUCACCCUGCUUCCCAGAAUAAAAAUAGUGGCAAUGAAAGUAAUAAUGACAGCAGAAACAACAACAAACAGGGACUUUUUUACAGGCGUUGUGAUCAGGAAGAUGAUAAUGAUGAAUUAGACCUGAUCCUCAGUCACUUAAGAUCCGUAAGAAGGACAUCCGAUGCUUCCUCGUGGCAUGGUCCAGCUGAGAGUGAAAGUACAGUUUGUAGUGCAAAGACUACUAUGGAAAACACAAGUCCAAAAUCAUUACCAUCGUCAUCGUCAGCGUCAUCAUUGUUAUUAUCUGACUGUAAAAUUCAGUUCAAUCAAUCAGCUUCAUCGCCACAAUCAAAAUGGAUCAGACCAGAGAGGGGCAAUGACUCCAAAUGCUCAGAACCUGAACUCGAUAAAUACCAAAGAAAUUCAGAGGUGCCAGAAGAAAUAUCUAAGCUUAGCAUUGGCAAAUGUCUUCAUAGCAGAUCUUCUAACCAAAGUGAUGUUUUCCUCAAGAAAUCACUCAGCAAAACAGCUGAUGUCCAAGAACAAGUCAUGAACUCAUUCCAGGCCAAGGAUUUUCUGCGGAAAUUCGGAAUUUCAGAAAAAGGAUCAGCUCCUGACACCCAGGAAUUUCAAGAUCCUCUCACAACCGAGUUGAUUUUGAUGAAUGAUUCAGUCCUGUUUGUGUCUGAGAAGAUUCCGCCACCGAUUUACAAUCUCCAAGAUUUUGAUGUACCUGAUGCCAUCUCCCAGUUUCUGAAAGACUUUCCCAGUCUGCAGCCAAGAACCAUUCAAGCUUAUUGUUGGCGCCCGGCCAUACGCGGCAAGGACAUCAUUGGCAUCGCUCCACAGAACUCUGGCAAGACCUGGGCUUACCUCGUUCCGAUUCUCUCCAACCUCUGCCAGUAUACAAUGUACGCAGACAUUCAGUAUAGCAAUGGGCCCUUGGCCAUAAUCUUGGUCUCGUCUUGGAUCAAGGCUGAAGAAGUCUACGAGCAGUGCCGUAGGUUGGCAUCGGCGCACAAAGACAUCGUCGUAGAGGUCAUCUACGGUGGGGGUGCGGAACACAAUAAAUCGGUGAGUUUGUUGAACGGGUGUCACAUCCUGGUGGCCACCCUACCAUGUCUCAGCCGAAUGAUGAUCAACCAGUACACUAACCUCAACAGGCUUUGUCAUUUGAUUAUUGAUGAAGCUGAUAUCAUUCUUGAAGACUUCUACAGUGAUAUUCGAGAUCUUAUGCGGUCCCUGAAGAAGCAAGUGCUGCUCUCGAAGCAGAGAUCUAAUCUGCAAAACCAGGUGAUGAUCUUUGGUAGUAAUUGGACGUCUCAUGUCAGAACAUUUGCCAUGAAUGCACUGGAGGAUGUUGUUAUUGUCAUUACGGACAUGAUAGAAGCAUCCACCUACGGCCGAGUUAAACAGAUUCCAAUGAUUACAACGGAAGAUGGCCGUGAGAGGAAACUAAUCGAACUCCUUCCAGACCUGACCAUCCAAGGCGAGAAAGUAAUCAUCUUCACCGAUGGGGAUCAGAGUUGUCACAAGGUUUUAUUUUUAUUGAACAAUUACCUGACAUCAGCUGCUAUUGGAGUCUGGAGCUCUUCGUAUUUAGCCCAACGUGAGGAAUCCUCGAAGCAAUGGCAUCGACCCCUGUCUGAAAAUGAGCCUUACCGAUUCCUAGUGUGUCCUGAUAGUGUUCUUUGUGACCUGAAGAUUUCCGAUGCCACCUGUAUUGUUCAUUAUCAGUUCCCAUCUAAAAAGGUCCACGUCGGUCUUAGAAUGCAGACGAUGAGUAAAUAUUACCCCCAUUACAACGAUAAAACGGUGCCUUUGCGACUCGGUAAAUCUUACAUACUGAUGAGUAAGAUGGAUUUAAAGAAAGUGAAAAGUCUGAAGUCUUUAUUGUUGAACAACAGCAGCGGUCAACACAGGGACGAAACCAUCAAGUUUUUCUCUUCAAUACAAGAAGAGAACGAACGGAACCCAGAUAAUGCUCUGUGUUAUAACAUUAAAAUGUAUGGAAAAUGCAGGAGCUAUUCCAACUGCAACCAGCGCCAUAGCGUUUUGCCAGGGGUUGAUUUGAAUGGAUGCAGCGACGAACACAUCCUGCUGCCUCAUCAAGGAGAUGUGAGGAUUAUGGUCCUCCAUGUAAAGUCAGCCAGUCACUUCUUUGGGAGGAUCUUGGAGAUCUGGCAAGGCCAAAAGAAGUCUGUUGCUGUCCAUAGUGAUUUGGUCAGUCUUACACUCGGCAUGGCCACCCACUUUUGUGAUCUGGCCAACAAGAAACCUUUGGAGAAACUGGAAAUUGGGACUCUGUGUGCAGUCAACACAUCGAAAGGAUUCUUUCGUGUGAAGUUGUCCAAACUGAACAAUUGUGCUACGAAAAACACAGUGACUUUGUUCUUUGUUGAUAUUGGCAAGACCGAGGAACACCCGGUGUGCAAUCUGUACACGAUACCUGACCAGUUUGCUCGUGUGCCUUACCAAGCUGUAGAAAUAUUCCUCUGUCGACUCCAGCCAGUUGACUGUGAUGUUCGCUGGUCUAAUUUUGCCAAUUCCUACACAAACCUUUGGGUCGAGUCGAAGAUGUUGUAUGGAAAAAUUCAGUUCGUAACAAAGAAUUCACUGUGGCUUGAUCCACUUCUUGAACGGAUCUUUUUAAAGGACAUCAAUUCAGUGACCAAUGGUACGAGUCUGCGCCGGGAGCUGUUGGAUCAGAAACUUGCAGUUGAUAACCCUGAGCACUUGGUCCUUCUUCGAGAGAAAUUUAGAAAGUACCUCCCUGAUGAGAAACCCUCAGUCAUAGCCAAGACAAGAGUAACUGGUUGGGAAAGUGAUCUUUCCUCAGAGCAGCUGGUUCCAGAAGAAUCUAACCAAAAUGUUGUCAUCUCAUACAUUGUCCACCCUGGUCAUUUCUAUGUUCAGAAAGUGGACAAACUAAAUAGCCUCAGUGAAUUGAUGGAGAAGAUUGAGGAGAGCGUUCGGAAAGAAACUAAACCUCAACCGAAACGUGACUGGACAGAAGGACUGCACUGUUUGGCCAUCUGGUCUGAUUCUCUGUGGCACAGAGUACGGCUGACGAAGGUUACUGACAGCGAAGCCGAUGUCCAUUUUGUUGACCGUGGUUCCUGUGGCAUGGUGCCACUGAGUGAUCUUCGAACCAUGUCACAGCAGCUCAUGUGCCUCCCUGCUCAGGCCAUCAGGUGCCACCUGGCUCAUAUCAGCCCAGUUCAAGGGAUUCAAUUAAUCUAA